AUGACUAAACUACCAAUUGCACCUUUGCCACCAACACCUCCUAAAAUAUAUAGAGUUGAACCUAAUAAUUUCAAGGAUGUUGUCCAAAUGCUCACUUCAUCUCCCGAGUUUCAAUCUAUCUCCAAUGAUUCUAUCUCUCGUUCUGAUUCUGGCUCUGGCUCUGGCUCUAGUUCUUUCAAUUCGAGACGUCUACAAAAUGUUGCUCCUCCUCCACUUGAUCUCUCACCAGUUUCAUUACAAAGAAAUAAUAAAAACAACAAUAUUGAUGCACAAUGGCGCGAGUGCAUUGACUUAACAACGUGUGAUGCACAAGAAAGUUCACAUGUAACGCCCCGGAUUCCAUCAGAAAAUUAUUUUGGAUUGUGUAGUCCACUAGCUAAUUUUCCUCUAUCGCCAUCUUCUUUUGCAUGGUGUUCUUCUAUUCUUCUUAGCCCUGGCACACUUACUUCACCAAGCGCGGUUCAAAUCAUUUAA